UCUCCUCCUCCUUCUUCAGGCGUAUUCGGGUCACUCUGGAAGUUGCUCCCAGCUCAGAGUGAUCUUCUCCUUCUACGCCUCCUCCAUCGUCCCGGCUCUGGACGCUGUGGACAAAGUGUCCGACGCCAUCAUUUCCAAACUGCUGCCGUUCGUUCAGAAGGGUCUGAAGUCGUCUCUGACGGACUACAAAGCCGCCACCCUCAUGAUCGUGUGCCAGCUGGCGGUGAAGGUGGUGAUGGAGGCGAGUCUGGUCGACACGCUCGCCGCCCACGUCAGCAAGUCUCUGCUCAGGGAGCCCGUGUUGGCCAAGGAGGGUCUGGGCUGCCUCGUGGUGCUGCUGCAGAACCAGAAGGAGGGCUCUGCCGGGCCCAGAGCCUUCGAGCGUCUGAGCUCCAUGCCGGCGCUGGUCUCCACGCUGCAGGUCAUGGCGGCUUCUCACGACGUCGGCCCUCUGCUGCGCUACCUGCUGCCUCACCUGGUCCACGCCGGGUUCACCUGCGGCUCAGGUGAGACGCAGACGGACCAGCUCGCCGUGUUGGAAUCCGUCCUGCAGUCCGUCCCUCUGACCGGCGGCCUGGACCGAACCGUGGCUCGGUUGAUGCUGGACGAGUAUCUGAGUCAGACUGAACACUCUGCUGAGGACAUGUCGGCCCUCGACCGCCGGCUCCUUCCUCUGGUUCGCCUGUUCGAGUCCAGAUACUGUGCAGCUCUGGACGGCGUCCUCGCAGCUCACGUUACCGACCUCAGCAGCAGCGAGCAGAAACAUCUCUACCACCAGUUCCUCUCUUUGUCCAUGAGCAGCGGGAAGUACCAGAUAAUGGGCGACUCUGACACGUCGCUGCUCCUCAGUCUGAAACACCCGCAGCCUUCAGUCAGAGUGACGGCGGUGGAUCACCUGAUGGACGUCAUCACCUCCGCACAGCAGCAGAGUUUGGACGAAGUCUUCCUGAAAGACGCCGUCAUGGACCGACUGAAGGACGACGUGCCGGAGGUCGUGUCCGCCGCUCUCAAAGUCCUAGAGGUGCUGUUGGACGUGUUGGACCCCGAGGACACCGUGUCGUCUUUACUGUCUCUGCUGCACAGAGGCGAUCUGUCGGUGGCUCAGCGCUGGCUGCCGGUUCUGACGGAGGCGGUGCGUUUACUGUCCGACCCCCGGCUGGGAAAAGGGGACACGGAGCUGCUGCAGAAGACGGGCUGGAGGCUGCUGCCCUUCCUGGUGAUCACCUCCUCCUCAGAGCUCCGCUUGGCCUCCUGCGUUGCCCGGAGCUCCGUCGUCCUCCGACACCCGCUCACCCUGAACUGGGCUCAAGGUGAUGGAUCAACUUUAAAUGUCUUUAACUGUCUCGUCAGGUUCAUGCAAACAGUGUUAUUAAGAAACAUUUAUAAUAUAAAUACCGGAACAUAAGAUUCUCCUUAGCUUAGCUUAGCAUAAAGAUCAGAACCAGCUAGCCUGGCUCUGUCCAGAGGUAACUAUUGAAAUAAACAGCACCUUUCAUACAAACAUGCAGCUCAACGUGCUUCAGAAAAAAUAAGAAAUAAACAACAACAAUCAGUAAAAUAUAACUUUUAAAUACAGAGAACCUUGUUGUUCUAAUGUCAACACAUCAACACAUAAGAACAUCAGAAGAAGAGAAGUGGAGGAGCUCAGUGAUCUAAUGUGAAAUGAAAUGUCUGACGGAGAAACUCAGAGCUUCAUAGAGGACUUUACUGUGACCAACACGCUCUGUCUCCUUUCAUCUGUGGGAGGAGGUUUUCCUGGUGGUUCUGAGUCUUUAGACCAUGUGGUUUCAUGUGGUCUCAUGUGGUCUCUUGCAGUCCCUUGUGGUUUCAUGUGGUUUCAUGUGGUCUCUUGUGGUUUCAUGUGGUCUCUUGUGGUCUCAUGUGGUCUGUCGUGGUUUCAUGUGGUCUCAUGUGGUCUCUUUCGUU